UUUUCCUCCCUCCCUCUAUCCCCUCAACGCUGCGCUUCCUCAAUCCGUCUUCUUUUGCCGAUCGAAACCCACCGAUUCUCCGUCAAGGGAUCCAUCAUCUCCUCGAUCAUUCCGAUCUCCCAUUGCCCCAUCCUCACCCACCUGGUCCUCCCUCCGUCAUCGCUUGUUGAACCUUGGCGUGCUCUCGCAUCUUCCCCUUCCGUUAUUGUUGGGGUACUACUUCUCGACUCCUAUCUCUAGGGUUUCCUGUUCCCCGGGGUUCUUGAUCCAAAUAUUAUGGCAGGGUUUAGCAGCGAGUGUCUCCGGCGAAGACUUUCGAAGCAAAGCGAAAGGGUUUAGAAUUUUUGUUGGAAUUCUGUACAUCUUGUCAAACCCUGGCUUGAGUAUUUUGGGGAGUCAGAGGAGGAGAUCGUUGGUGAGGCUUGUAUGGGAUUGGGAGGAGUGGGAGGGGGAGCUCGGAGUGAUGGGGCAUAGCUCGAAGAAGAAGAAAAGAAAUAAGGGUGGCCGAGGAAGGGCUCCAUCGAAGGACCACUCUCAUUCUGGGGAUGAUCAGGAUCUUCUUUCCGAGGAGAUAACUGCUUUGGCUGCAAUAUUUCAGGAAGACUUGAAAGUUGUCUCAAAAACUCCUUAUACUCAGUUAGCUAUAAAUCUGAGACCUUACUCAAAUGAUAUGGGCUUUGAAGAUCUCAAUGUUUCGGCACUUCUAUUAGUAAGAUGCUUACCUGGGUAUCCUCAUAAGUGUCCCAAGCUACAGAUAGUGCCAGAGAAGGGUUUGUCAAAGAAAGAUGCUGAUCGACUCAUCUCUCUGCUUCUUGAUCAGGCUAAUAUCUAUGCCAGAGAAGGACGUGUAAUGAUUUUCAAUCUGGUGGAGGCUGCUCAGGAGUUUCUAUCUGAAAUUGUUCCAGUGGAACAACCCCUUAAAUCUGGUACUUGCUUGGGUGCAAACAGAAAGGAUGAAUCGGCUCGUAAGGGUGCAGCAGUUCAACUUGAUGUGUGCUAUCAUUCUGAAGAACCUUUUGUUUAUAGUUGCGUAGAUCUGUAUGGUGACUUAUGUGGUGACAAUGCAACUUGGGGCAGUCAUGAUUCAAAAGUAGCAGAUCAGAACUCUAGUAAAAUAUUUAGGGCACAAACUGGCUUAAUUGGGAAGAGUAAAGAUAAAAACAUCUUGUUGCAGUCCCAUACUUUGGCCAACCUUGAAAGUGUCAUUCCAGAUCAUAGUAUCUUUCAGAACAUGACACCUGAAGCAUUGCAUGCUACAAAACAUGGUGCUAUCCCAUGGGUCGUUACAAAGUUAAACUUUGUUGCGGAGGAAACUGAAACUGACAGCAAAUUUUCAUCCCCAAAGGCCUAUGAUCAACAAUCAGUGCUAGAUUCCUCAGAGAAAGGUUCUGACAGCGCACAGCAUGAGGUCGCUGACCUUGUUGACCAAACAAGGAAGGUUGAUGUUUGUAAUUCAGAAGGCGAAUCUUCAACCUCAUCAAGUUUUGUUUCAACUGAAGAUGAUACACCUCAGAGCAAGAAAAAAGAUCUUCUUUUGGUUCACUUGCUUCACUUGGUUUGUUUUUCUAAAGGAUCACUGGCUACUGCUUUGCCAGAAAUAUCAUCAGAGUUGUACAAUUUAGGGGUAUAUGUACUUUCAGAAUGGGCCAGAGAUUUGGUUGCUGUACCACCAUCAGUCUUUGCCAAAGCUUUUGAUCGUGCUUUUGAACAGCACAUGACUUCUUCACGAUUCUCUGAGUUUUGGAAACCGGGUAUUAGUUAUAGUGGAGAUAAUGCUUCAUCUAGACCAAAUUCUCGUUAUUUGAAUGACUUUGAAGAAGUCUGUUCCCUUGGUCGUGGGGGAUUUGGCCAUGUUGUAUUGUGUAAAAAUAAACUGGAUGGACGUCAGUAUGCUGUAAAAAGGAUUCGCCUAAAGGAUAAAAGCCCUUAUGUUAAUGAGAAGAUUUUGAGAGAGGUAGCCACACUUUCACGCUUGCAGCAUCAACAUGUUGUUCGCUACUAUCAGGCAUGGGUUGAAACUGAAUAUGGUAAUUAUGAUGGAGAGACUGCGUGGGGUUCGAGAGCUGCAGAAGGUUCUACUAGUAGCUAUAUGGAUGUCAAUCCAACAAAUGUUACUGGUGAUAACAGACUUGAAUUGACAUACUUGUAUAUACAAAUGGAGUAUUGUCCUCGGACCUUACGGCAAGAUUUUGAAUCAUAUAGUUCUUCUUUUGAUAAGGAUUACACGUGGCAUCUAUUUCGCCAAAUUGUUGAAGGCUUAGCACAUAUACAUAGUCAAGGGAUCAUCCAUCGUGACUUGACACCUAGUAAUAUAUUCUUUGAUGUUCGUAAUGAUAUUAAAAUUGGUGACUUCGGGCUUGCCAAGUUCUUAAAACUUGAGCAGCUGGAUCAUGAUCAAUAUUUUCCUACUGAGACAACUGGAGUUUCAGUGGAUGGAACCAGUCAAGUGGGUACGUAUUUUUACACAGCGCCUGAAAUUGAUCAGAGGUGGCCACAAAUUAAUGAAAAGGUGGACAUGUAUAGCUUAGGAGUCAUAUUCUUUGAGCUGUGGCACCCUUUUGCAACUGCAAUGGAAAGACACAUUGUUCUCUCAGAACUCAAACAAAAGGGUUUGCUUCCUCCUUCUUGGGUUGCAAAAUUUCCUCGUGAGUCAACCUUACUUCAGCGUUUAAUGUCUCCUAGUCCAUCUGAUCGUCCAUCUGCAACUGAACUUCUACAACGUGAAUUGCCUCCAAGAAUGGAAGAUGAAUGGCUAAAUGAUAUACUACGGACAAUACAGACACGAGAGGAUACAUAUGUUUAUGAUCGAGUUGUGUCUACCAUAUUUGAUGAGGACAGGUUAAUAAUGAAAUCUCACAGCCAACAUGCUGACAAUGCAAAAAUGACAAAAAAUGAGCCUUCUUAUAUACAGUACACAGAAUUAGAUCUUGAAAUGCGCAACAUUGUUGCUGAAGCAUGCAAGGAAGUGUUUAAACAGCAUUGUGCAAAGAGAAUGGAAAUAUCACCCAUGCGUGUAUUUGAUGGCUGUUAUCCAUUGAACAGGAAGCCUGUCAGGCUUUUGACUCAAGGAGGAAAUAUGCUUGAGCUCUGUCAUGAGUUGCGCUCGCCAUUUGUUAAUUGGAUCAUAACAAAUCAGAAACUAUCAUUCAAACGUUAUGAAAUAUCAUGGGUUUAUAGAAGAGCAAUUGGUCAUUCUGCUCCUAGUCGUUUCCUUCAGGGUGAUUUUGACAUUAUCGGAGGUGCAUCACCACUAACAGAGGCAGAAGUUAUUAAGGUGGCAAUGGAUGUUGCAACCUGUUUCUUUCAUCCGAAUGCUAUAGAUAUUCGUUUGAAUCAUGGCCGUGUUUUGGAAUCAAUUUGGUCUUGGGUAGGAAUUGCCAGCGAGCUUAGACAAAAUGUAGCUGAGCUUCUGUCUUUGAUCACUUCAUCUUGUCCCCAGUCCACUAACCGCAAAUCAAAUUGGGUUUUUGUCCGGCGACAGCUUUUACAGGAUCUUAAUCUUUCUGAAGCAAUUGUGGACAGAUUACAAACAGCUGAUUUAAGGUUUUGUGGAUCUGCAGACCAAGCUCUUGCAAGAUUAAGAGGAGCCCUCUCUUCUGAUAGAUUUACUUCCAAGGCUUUGGAGGAGUUGUCUGUUCUUCUCAGAUGUUUAAGGGCUUGGAGCAUUGCGCAACAAGUUUCUAUUGAUGUACUAAUGCCUCCUACAGAGGUUUACCAUAGGGAACUCUUCUUUCAGAUGUACUUAAAGGAGAGUAACCCUGGAUCAGUUGCUGAGACGAUCUUGCUUGCUGUUGGUGGCCGGUAUGACCAUCUCAUUAAUCAAAUGUGGGACCAUGAAUAUAAAUCUAGCCCUCCUGGUGCAGUUGGAGUCAGCCUUGCAUUAGAAAAGAUUCUUAAUCAUUCUUCCAUAGAUAUCAGACCCUUCAGAGCUGAAUCUAGUACCAGUGUGCUGGUCUGUUCUAGAGGUGGAGGUGGAUUGCUACAAGAGCGCAUGGCAUUUGUUGCAGAACUAUGGCAAGCCAACAUAAAGGCUGAGUUUGUUCCCCAGCCAGAUCCAAGCGUCAAAGAACAGUAUGAAUAUGCAAGCGAGCACGACAUAAAAUGCUUGGUGAUUAUAACUGAAGCUGGUCUAUCUCAAACAGGUUUAGUAAAGGUUCGUCAACUUGAUCUAAAGAGAGAGAAGGAGGUUACAAGAGCAGAUAUUGUCAAGUUUCUAACGGAGGCGACUACACGGCCCAGGGAUCUCACAACUUGGGCUUGAUUUUGUCUAUAUUCUAGCCUUACUUAUCAGUUUCCUCUGAAAAGACCAGCUUCUGCAUAUUUCUUCUGGACCUACGGCCAAACAUUGUUAGUAGUUUGAUGAAUGUUGGCAUUCAUACCAGAUAGCAAGAAGAUAGAUGGAGCCCAGAUACAUGUUACGGAGACAUUCUUAAUGUUGAUAUAAGUUGCAGGCUGCCGAUUGCAAAUUAUGGAUUGUACCUGGUAGAAGACGGCUGAGAGAUGGCAGCAAACAAACAUUCAGGGGGAAUUAAGCCUGUUUUGAUGAGUAACAUAUAUGUGACUAGAACAUUUUUGUAUAUUGUUGCUUCUUCUGGGUACUAUUUUUUUUUCUUUUGAUUUUUAUAGUAGGAACAUUCUUUUGGUAAUUUAAAAUGCAAUAAUCGAUCAGCACCUGCCAGUUCAAGGAAUCUAGUUUAAAGUUUUAGACAAAGUGAGAAAUAAUGUAAAUGAGGUGCGAGUUUGUUAUAAUCGAACCAGUAACAUGAAAACGUUUUGAGUGAUGUUAUGAGCUUUGCGGGUGUAAUGGUCUUAUCAGCUGAAGAAGAGUGUAACAGUAACACUAGUGAUGUUUCUUUUGUAUCUUCAACUGCUUAUGCUGUUCACUGGUGAUCUAUUUUUAAUGUUUACUUAUAA